GAAAGCCAUCUUAAACUUCGCGAUAAUUGCAACUGUCGCGAACCUUUCACCGGCUUCCCGGAGCAAAGAUGGCAGGCAGAUUGCUCCGCCCUUGUGAACCAAGAUUUUGUUAUCGCGAGAUCCCAAUGACAGUUCAGGAGCCUGAUCUCGCGGGAUUUUCCGAUUUAGGGUUGGAAAUUGCUGGGGAAAGUAGAGACAGGGAGGGCCAACUGUGAGAGGGAGGGUGAGGGGUCCCUUGCUGGCUUGCUGUUUCCCCCCUCCCCCACUGGCCGAAUUCGAGACGACUAGGUGAGCGCCGCCUUGCCAGCCAACACAGCGCCCUCCGGCUCUGCCGCUGCCUCGGACGCCGCCAUCCCUUCUCUCUAGGGCCCCACCUGUGCUCCCUUUUGUCCCGCGGCGUCGCACUUCAGGGGGGGCGAUGUACGGAGGGCUGCAGGAAGUGGUCUUCCCGCCUGCCGCCUCCUCGGGGUCCUCGGCCUCCUGUUGGGUGUUCUACGCAACCAGGCCGCCCAGCCCCUCCCCUUGGCCAGAUGGAUGCCUCUGCCCCCAAGCCUCGCGCGGAAGCCGCCGGCAAAGACAUAUGGCAUCCAGGAGAAAGAUGUCUUGCCCCUUCUCCAGAUAAUGAGACACUUUGUGAAGCAAGCAUAAAAUCUGUCACAGUGGAUGAAAAUGGGAAAUCAUUUGCAAUCGUCUUAUAUUCAGAUUUUCAAGAAAGGAAAGUACCUCUUAAAAGAAUUCAUGAAGUUAGAUCUGUUAAAGAUUGCUCCAGGAAUUUUAUAUUUGAUGAUGAAGAUUUGGAAAAACCUUAUUUCCCAGACAGAAAAUUUCCAUCAUCUGCCGUUGCUUUUCCAUUAUCUGAAGACGGAGACUCUAUUCCUUAUACUAUUAACAGGUAUUUGAGAGACUACCAAAGGGAAGGAGCCCAGUUUCUCUAUGCACACUUCAUCCAAGGAAAAGGAUGUAUUCUUGGUGAUGACAUGGGACUUGGGAAAACAGUACAGGUUAUUUCAUUUUUGGCUGCAGUUUUGCAUAAAAAGGGAACUUGUGAGGAUAUUGAAAACAACAUGCCAGAGUUUUUACUAAGAAGUAUGAAAAAGGAAACCCCUUCUAUAGCAAAAAAGAUGUUCUUAAUAGUUGCUCCUCUUUCUGUACUCUACAACUGGAGAGAUGAAUUGGACACCUGGGGAUAUUUCAGAGUCACUGUUUUACAUGGUAACAAAAAAGACUAUGAACUGAUUCGUGUAAAGCAGAGGAAAUGUGAAAUUGCUCUAACAACUUAUGAAACACUGCGCUUAUGUCUGGAUGAACUGAACAGUUUGGAAUGGUCAGCUGUCAUUGUGGAUGAAGCUCAUAGAAUUAAGAAUCCAAAGGCUAGAGUAACAGAAGUUAUGAAAGCUUUAAAAUGUAAUGUCCGCAUUGGCCUCACUGGAACCAUUCUUCAGAACAACAUGAAAGAACUGUGGUGUGUUAUGGACUGGGCUGUGCCAGGACUUUUAGGUAGUAGGAUCUACUUCAAGAAGCAGUUUUCUGACCCAGUAGAACAUGGUCAGAGACACACAGCAACCAAAAGAGAACUAGCUACUGGCCGAAAGGCCAUGCAAAGGCUUGCAAAGAAGAUGUCUGGCUGGUUUCUCCGGCGUACCAAGACUCUGAUCAAGGAUCAGUUGCCUAAGAAGGAAGACCGGAUGGUGUAUUGUUCUCUGACAGAUUUUCAGAAAGCUGUCUAUCAAACAGUAUUAGAAACAAAAGAUGUGACUUUGAUACUUCAGUCUUCUGAGCCUUGUAGCUGUAACAGUGGCCGGAAAAAGAGAAAUUGUUGUUUCAAGACCAAUUCACAUGGCGAAACAGUGAAAACCUUGUAUUUCAGUUACCUUGCAGUCCUUCAAAAGGUAGCUAACCAUGUUGCACUACUGCAGACUGCUAGCACCUCCAAACAACAGGAAACACUUAUCAAAAGGAUAUGUGAUCAGGUAUUUUCCAAAUUCCCAGAUUUUGUGCAGAAAAGCAAAAAUGCAGCCUUUGAAACACUCUCUGACCCAAAAUACAGUGGGAAGAUGAAGGUCCUUCAGCAGCUUUUAAAUCAUUGUAGGAAAAACAAAGAUAAAAUACUUCUUUUCUCCUUUUCCACCAAGUUACUUGAUGUUCUGCAGCAAUACUGUAUGGCAGCUGGCCUUGAUUACCGACGACUUGAUGGAAGUACGAAAUCAGAGGAAAGAAUCAAGAUCGUGAAAGAGUUCAACAGUACACAAGAUGUUAACAUUUGCCUUGUCUCCACAAUGGCUGGUGGACUAGGCCUCAAUUUUGUUGGUGCCAAUGUUGUUGUAUUGUUUGAUCCUACUUGGAAUCCAGCCAAUGAUCUUCAAGCAAUUGACAGAGCAUAUAGGAUUGGGCAAUGCAGGGAUGUGAAAGUGUUUAGGCUGAUAUCUUUGGGAACUGUGGAGGAGAUCAUGUACUUACGACAGGUAUACAAGCAGCAACUUCACUGUGUGGUGGUUGGAAGUGAAAAUGCCAAGCGAUAUUUUGAAGCAGUUCAAGGAUCAAAAGAACAUCGAGGAGAGCUUUUUGGGGUUUAUAAUCUGUUCAAACUAAGGUCCCAAGCGUCUUGUCUUACAAGGGACAUCCUGGAGAGAGAAGGCAAAGUGGAAGCAGGGAUCAUGACAGCCACAACAUGGUUGAAAGAGGAGCCUCCGGUACACAAACAAGAAACGCCUACAGACCCUGACUGUCAAGAACACAGAGGUCUGGAGCAGCCUGCAGAGUUGCCGACAGAAGAAGCAUGUAAUCUCUGCAGUGAUUUUAGUGAUGAUGAAUCAGUGGGAAGCUCAAGAAAAAAGAAAGGCUCUGACUCAAGCAAAGCUUCAGGUCCUCCUGGACAGCUUACCUUACUCCAGUGUGGUUUCUCUAAAUUGUUUGAAACAAAAUGUAAUACGGUAGAGGAAAGUGAUGGAAAUAUUGCCUCUGAUGAUGAAAGUCCUGAUGAACAGCCCAUAUGUCUUUCAACAGAAGCCAAAGACGUUAGUUAUCAGAAAAGUCGUGACUCUCUUGGUACUUCAAAACAUCAGAGGUUAGCUAACGUCCUAAAUCCAAAUGAAAAAUAUAUCUUUGAUAAAAGUCAGAACAUUUUAGAACAAAAUAUUUCUUCUGAGUCUGAUGAUGGCAGCAAUUUAAAAAAUACAGCUGACCACCAUCACAUUUUACAGAACGUCACAGAAUCAGAAGAUAGUGAUGUCAUCUUUCCCACACAGUAUACAACUCAGAGAUGCCCCAAGAAUGGUGUAAAGUUUAAGCCACUCGUGGAUGGAUCUGAAGGUUCUGAAACAGAACAUCCUGUUGAAAUAAGAAAUAAUGGGGAUGAUAGAAAGACUGAUGUCAAAGGAAAUAGCCUAAUUUCAAAACAAUUAAACCCUGAGAAUGUGACCCUGAAAUCUAUUAUGAGAAGAAAAGGCAGUAGUGAUAUUAGUGACGAGUCUGAUGACAUUGAAAUUUUCUCUGAAUCAAGAGCAAGAAAGCAAAGACCUACUAGUUCUUUGAGGUUUAAGAGAAAAAAGGAAGAUAAAAAGGAGCUUCACACUUGUCCUAAAACCAUGAAGAAAACAAAUCAACUGUAUGCAGCAGAUGGGGAUUGUAGCUCUCAGGCUAUCGAUGAUUUUUCAUCCUCAGAUGAUGAUUUAACUGUUCGCCACAUCAGUUUCUCUAAACAGAGCCAUACACGAAAAACUCUAAAAGAUAGGGUCGGUUUCUCUUCAAAAUUACCUAGCCAGAAGAAAAAUAGCACUUUUAUGCCAAAACAAUCAAUGCAAUUUUCAAAUGAGAGAGUUGUCAAUCAAGAGCAAAUGUAUGAAUCAAUGGAUAAAUUUUUAGAUGGCGUUCAGGAAGUGGCUUAUAUUCACUCAAACCAGAAUGUGAUUGGAUCAAGCAAAGCUGAAAAUCACAUGAGCCGAUGGGCAGCACGUGAUGUCUUUGAAUUGAAGCAGUUUUCCCAGCUUCCUGCUAACAUAGCCGUUUGCACUUCUAAGACACAUAAAGAAAAAAUGAAGACAGAUAUAUUGACACUUUCAAAGAAAGACCAACAACUAAGUGAAGGAAACAUUUCAUUUCCCCUUUACAUUUCACACCCUGUAAGCCAAAAGAAGAAAAAAGUCUACCGCACAGACCAGACCACCUUUAUAAUUGGAGAAACACCAAAAGGGAUCCGCAGAAAACAAUUUGAAGAAAUGGCUUCUUAUUUUAACUUGCCUUCUGUAAAGGAAUUUGCUAAAAAUAUAACUAAUGCUACAUCAGAAGAACGACAGAAAAUGCUAAAAGACUUUUAUGCUUCUCAGUAUCCGGAGGUAAAAGAAUUUUUUGUGGAUUUUGCUUCAGAAUGCAUUAAAACUUCCUGUCAGAAAAGAGAGAGAGUCAGGAAUAAAUCUGAAAAAACAGAAUCUCUUAUAAAAGAAGGGCUGUCAGAUUCUGCAACUUUGGCACUUAAAGAUUCUCCCAAAAGAGUUUCUCAAAUUUGCAGCCCAAAAAUAUAUAAAGAAAAAUCCAUUGAGUUUCAAAAUCACAGUUCCCAUAGGGAACAGGUACUUUCUAAUGACGGAGAGACUACCAAAUCACGUAUGAGCUCUACCCAAGAGACUGACAAUGGAAAAAACAGCCAAGCAUCCAAAGAUACUGUAGUAUCCUGUUCCCUGAACAGUAAGUCUGAAGCAUAUGAGUUAGAAAAAUUAGAAAAUACUAUGAAAGAGCAACAAAACCCAACAAGAACAGACAUUUCAAGAAACGGACCCCUUUUCAAAGUGGAAAACAAGAAGGUAGAAAAUCCAGUGUUAGGAAACACUUCUGUGGUAGGCUUACUUGGCGACACAUCUAUUCUUGAUGACCUCUUUAAUAGUUAUGGGAACAGUCCCACACAACUGCCAAAGAAAGUUCUUUCAGGGCCCAUGGAAAAAGCAAAACAGAGACCAAAAGAUUUCUGGGACAUCUUGAAUGAACAGAAUGACGACAGCCUUAGUAAACUCACUGACUUGGCAGUGAUAGAGACUCUAUGUGAAAAAGUGCCCCUUGCCGCAUCCUCCAAAAGGAAAGAGGAGCUGGAAACUUCGCUUUGGAAAUCAAAUGAGAAAUUUUUGUGGAAAAAAUUUAGCUUAAGUGAUACAGAUGAAAACACAACUAAUGCACAAAACUAAUGCGUAAACACACAAUGAAUUACUGUAACCAUGAACUUCUGCCAUCCAUGUUUACAACACUGUAUUCCACACUAUGUUAUCUUGAACACAGCUGUCAUGCAUUUUUAUUAAACUCUUGCUCUAGGGUUUUUUUUUAGCCUAAAAGGUUAUGAUGGAUUUGUUUUCCUUGAUAUCUGAUUUGAUCUUUUAAAAAUAUGAUUGUAUUAUAGUAUGAACCUCUGUUAUGAAAUAGAAAAAGUCUAGAUUUGUUAUCAGGAGACCUUGGACAUCUCUCUUACUGUGUAAUUAUGUGCCUGUAGAUAAGUCAUUUACCUUCGUGUGUAGAUACUGUCUAAUAUGAAAGAUGAAGGGUUUGAACUCAACAUUUGUGUCCUUUCAGCUUAAAAACACCUUUGGUUUACUUUCCCAGAUUCCAUUUGAAGUCAUAGGCCGAGUUAUGGUCAUCCCCCAAAUCAGGUGUGCAUUGAUGUGUUUCUUUCUUACUAGCAUUUAGAAAAGUAUUAAGUUAACUGUUUUCCUUUUCCCUCAGUAUCAUGUACUAUUGCUAAAUUAUUUUAGGUGAGGGUAAUAACUAGUAAUGAAUAUAUGAUGUUGUGUUAAAAUAAGUUUAUAACUGCUCAAAAUCAAAGGGUUAAUGUUGCAUAGCUAUACUAUAUGAGAUAUGACACCGAAGUAAUAUAACUACUACCAGUAGCCACAGAACACCAAUGCCUCAACUUUUUAUACAACAAUUAGGAUUUAAUCAAUAUAAAUUAAGCUUUGUAUAGUACUUUUGUAUUAAGUAUGGCGAAAUGAGGAAACAUUUUAUUUGAAACUAUUCUCUUUUGCUGAAUUGAAUUUAUGUGGUUUACAAUCAACAGAAUGUGUUUAUUGUUGAGUUCAUUUACGUGGAAACAUUCACUCAGUCCCUAUGUGUCCUGUGCCAGUGCCUCGAGAGGGAUAGGUGAGAUACUGCUACGGGUGAAAGAUAAGGAACCAUAUCUGUAAAGAGUCAUGUGUGUAGAGCCCCUGGCGUCAUGCCUGGCACAUGGCAGCAGGGACCUGAUCCACAUUCAGAUGCCCAGUGGUAAUUCCCUUAAGUUGAGCUCCUGGAGCUGUGGAAAAAUAGAGGAGGAAAAAUAGAAAAUAGCAGUGAACCAGGAAAUGGUGGUACUAAGAGCACCGUAAAUUGUUGUUGAGUUGAGCGGGGAGAGCUUCAGAGUACCCAGUCAUUGAAGUGGGGAGCCAUGGCUCAGAAAUGGAAAAAAACAAAACAAAAUGAAAACAAAGAAAGAAAGAAAUCUUUUAAGAGACUGAAUAACCAAAUAUGUUUUUCAAUGUGAUGUGGUUGAGGGCUGUGAAGUAUAUUUUAUGUCAUGACCUAGUAUAUAUGUGAUGAAAUAAAAUGUUUAUGAAAGAGUAUUUACCUGUAAGGCAUGCAGUUGUACUUUGAUCUAGAAAAGAUGCGUAGGAAUUUGCUCUUUUGGCUCUUGUGUAUAUGUGGUUUUUAAUGCUCUCAUAACCCACUGAAUUGAUUUUACAACCCAUUAAUGAUUGAAAAUCACAGCUU